GCGCACACAGUGUACCUGAUCAUUCGAACAACUUCGGAAAACGGAUGAACCGGAGUGCGCGCGCGAUAACGUCCUUGAUGCGUAACGUGUUGUGUGUGUGCGCGCGUGUGUGUGUGUGUUCGUGCGCGGAGUGAUUAGAUUUAAUAUUCGUUAUUAUUGGCAUCGUGCGAUCUUUGUUUUGUUUCUUUAUCUAAUCGCUCGUUGAUUUUCGCUCGGUCGUCUUGAUGACUAUUACGGGACAAUUUUUUGCAUCGCCGAUCACCGCGUUGUUACUCGCAUACAUAUAUAUGUACACGCACACACAGACAGCAGAGUGCCGCCGAUGUACGGCUGGCUUGCCCGUUAAUCAGUCGUACUUGCCGCGAUCAUGAACGUAGCUGAUUUUGUCGGUGUUUGAGUUUGGAAAAACAUAUCGGUCUGUGCCACUUAGCCCCGUCUCGAUUCCCCCUAAGCUGGCCUAAGCCAAUCAUUAUGCCGAUUAUGCCAAUCCGCGUACGCCUGUUGCUGUCUCGCUAUCCUACAACCGGUCUAAAGGCAAGAGUUUUUCUCUUCUUUGUGCGUCCCGAUUGUUCGUACGCGAUAAUUGACUGCAAUUAUCACCGCAACUCACGAUGAUCGUAGGAUGCAACGGAGUCAGUUGAGAGACUUUUCAUCCUGGAUGACGCGUCUAUUGCCAGAACCUGGAGACGGUCAUAGUUGGAUGAUCGAGGGAUUCAAGAUGUUCAGCUCGAAGAACACAAGCACGUCCACCAGCACGUUUUACACGGAUCUGGACAUCACCGAGAACGAGAAUAAAUAUGAAUCCCAGCGGGAGGACGAACAUUCCAAAAAAUCGCCGUGUUUGUUGGAACAGCAAAGCGCGAGCAGCGAAAAUGGGAACUCGCAGGAUUCGGACGUGUCGUCGGCGGGUGUCGAGGAACGGCAAUACGUUAGACAUUCCUUCCACAGGAUCGCCAGUUUUGGCGGAUUCCCGCGAUUUCAAUCGUUUGUCAUGUCCGCUUCCACGCCGGCCGAAUGCAUCGAUAUCAGGAGACGCGAGGAAACUUCAACGGAAACGUCCUUUAUUCAAAUGUCACAUAGCGUCCUAGAGUAUAGAAGCAGCAGUUACGUAGCUUCGGAAAGGAGGUCUCAUCAGUAUACAUUAGAUACGUACGCGGUAAGUGAGUCCGAAAGUGAGGAGGAGUCAGACGAAACAAGGUCUUCGGAGACCGACUCGGCUAUAAUUGCUGAUCACACAGACGAGUCUACACCGGAACCUAAAUUGAUUGUGAAGAAAGAUUCACCCGACUCGAAGAAGAAGAAGGCGUUUCGCGUGGCGCAGGAGUUGUUGGCGACCGAAAAGAAUUACGUGAACAUAUUGCAUCUGAUCGAUCAGGUGUUUCAAUUUAGAGUAGAUCAGGAAAACAGAGCCCAUCCAAUGUUCUCUCCGGAGACUGUCCAACAUAUGUUUUCAAAUAUCAAAUCUAUUUAUAAAUUUCACAACGAUUUUUUAUUGCCCCAACUCGAAGAGAGAAUGCAAUGUUGGGAUUUGAAUCCGAGAAUUGGCGACAUAAUGAAGAACUUCGCGCCGUUUCUCAAGAUGUACACGGAAUACGUGAAGAAUUUCGAUCACGCUAUGAAUCUGAUAAACACAUUGCAAAACAAAGUUCCCAGAUUCGCGGCAAUAGUUAAUGAAAUUCAGAAACUCGACGAAUGCGGCAAAUUAACACUGUCUCAUCAUAUGUUGAGCCCGAUACAGAGGCUCCCGCGAUACGAGUUGCUUCUCAAAGAUUAUUUGCGAAAUCUCACAGAUGACAAUUUGGAUUACGAGGACACGCGAAAAGCCCUCGAAUUAGUUUCCACCGCUGCGAAUCACACGAACGAAGCGAUGAAGAAAAUCGAUAAAUUUAAGAAACUUUUGGAAAUCCAAGAAAGCAUAUAUGAUGCGACUGAUCUAGUCAGUGCGACUCGCGAACUAGUAAAGGAAGGACGUAUAGUGAAAAUUUCAGCGCGUAGUGGUGAUCAUCAGGAGAGACAUUUGUUUUUAUUUAGUGAUUUAUUAUUACUCUGUUCAAUAAGACUGAUACCCGGUCCAAUGUACCGACUAAGAGCCAAAUUUAUGGUAGAAAAUUUACAAGUAGUUGAAGGCGAUAAUCUAGAAACCGCGAAUACUUUUUACAUAAGAGACGAAAACAAAAGCGUCGAACUGUAUACACAUGCCGCAGCUGAGAAAGCGGCGUGGUUGGACGCGCUGUUCCAAACGAUGCAGGAGAUCAUGAGACGCAAAGCAAGUUUGAAAACUGGCAGUGUCAAAACUUCCCUGGUUAAGGCCGAUGAUGUAACCAGAUGCAUGGAUUGUGAAGUUAGUUUUUCUGUGAUGAAGCGCAAACACAACUGCCGGGCAUGUGGAAUAGUGAUCUGCAGUAAAUGCUCAAAUCAGAAAUUACUGUUUGAAGACAAUAAGAACAUGAGAGUGUGCAGAUUAUGUCACGCCGCGCUCACUCAACCGCUCACUAAAUCACCAUCGUCACCAUCUGGACCAGUGCCAAGUUUGCUGCAAGUAUCGGCGCGCGCGCCUUCAGUAUUAUCCGGAUAUCUCCUACUGAAAACGCAGGCCAGUAAACCUUGGACGAGACGAUGGUUUGCGUUGCACGUUGAUUUUGUUUUAUACUCGUUCAAAUCGGAAUCGGAAAGCAUGGCUAUGACAGCGACACCCAUGCCGGGCUUUAUGGUGACCGAAGGUACAAAAUUACCUGACGAGGAUCCCCUGAACACGAAAGAUCGAAUAAGAGCGUUCAAGAUGCAUCAUUCUAGGAAAUAUUACUAUCUCCAAGCAUCUUCUCAAGAGGACAAAAAAAAGUGGAUGCAUGCGUUGGAGUUGGCUACAAAAGCUGAACUACCUCAUUUUACGCAGGCGGAAAAUGAAAGCGCACAAGAAAGUCAAUCGGUGAACGAUGUACAAUGAAUGUUCGUACCUUUUUAUCUACCAAACUAGCAAAUUUUUUUACUAUCGUAAAACGAGAAAAUACGACACAGCAAUGUAAGAUAAUCGUUAGUAGUUAAUUAGCUAUAUUUAAAAUGACGUUAAAACUUAUGUUAACACAUAUAAUAUAUAUUGUUGUUAGUAUACACUGUAUAUGUGUGUACGUGUAUAUAUAUGUGUGUA